CUAUCAAUAAAUACCCCAAAACCACAACGAACCCAUCUUCACUCUCUCCUCACUCCUAUAGCCACCCACAAGAAGGACAUUACAAAGAACCUCCCAAAGAAUCCCCAAUUCACUCCCGAGGGAAUGCCGAUUAUAAACCGGAACAAGCUGACACAGACGACUAUGAUUAAGCAAAUCUUGAAGAGGUGUGCGAGUUUGGGGAAAAAACAGAGCAGUGAGUAUAACGAAGAAAAUGAACAUGAUGGAGACUCUCUUCCUCAGGAUGUUCCCAAAGGUCACUUCGUUGUCUACGUAGGAGGGAAUCGGGUCAGGUACGUCUUACCCAUUUCGUUUUUGACCCGAGCCGAGUUUCAACUUCUUCUACAACAAGCUGAGGAAGAGUUUGGUUUCGACCACAACAUGGGUCUCACUAUCCCUUGUGAAGAAGUAGCUUUCAAAUCUCUCAUCACUUCUAUGCUUCAAUCAACAUAUAUUUAGGGUUUUUAUUUUGCUAAUGAUUAUCUUAUUUUGGUAAUGACGAUCUGUUUUAGCCUAUUUUUAACUUUUAGAUGAUUUUGGGGUACAACUGGGUUAGUGUUUCAAUUAGAACGAGACUAACUCUAGAGAUACCUCUAAGAGUGAUCUAUUAAACCACUUUUAGUUAUUAUCGUAGACUUGUAGGGAGGAAUAAAACAUACUCUGAUAA